AUGGCGAGAUCUGACACCAAUAAUGUCCUCGAUGCCCCAGGAAAUAGAAAGCUCCCAGAGCUCUCGGUUGCCUGUAGUAACUGUCGCAACCGCAAACUGCGCUGUUCCAAGGAAACACCCGCAUGUCAACACUGCCGCAAAACUGGAAGCCACUGCGUGUAUGAUCCCAAACGGUCGAAGCCGGGGAUUAAAUCCGGGGCUAUUGAAAAUAUACAUCGACGGCUAGAAUUGCAGACGAGGCUCACGGAUUCGCCACUAGAUCGCCUAGAAGACUUUGUUCUCGACCGACUGGGAGACGAUACGCCAGACGGGUACAAUCAACGAACAAGGCGGAAUGCAAACGAGUCCAAGGAAUGUUCUGUUCUCUCUGCGCUGGCACGGGAACUUCAGAUAUUGAACGACAAGCCCUCACCCGGGGUCGCUGAUCGCCCAGCUAAACGACAACGGGUGGACGACUACGCCGGCCCUUCUCGGUCUUCGCUGCCGGACGUCGAUCGCCGUUUAGUACUUGAUUUGCUCAACCCUGACACGAUUGAAGAUGUUUUGCAGACAUACUUCAAGUGUAUACACCCUUGGAUCCCUCUCAUCCACGAGAACAGCUUGCGCAGACGGCUCCCCGAUCCAAAACACAGGUCAAAGCUUGACGUCUUGGUGCGAGCCAUGAUAUUAGUAUCUGCGAGAUUCAUCCAGCGGCACGAGGCCGUAUCCGACCUCUCCCUGGCGGGUCUCACCACGGAGCAGGCCAGGAGUGUGGUUGUUUCGACUUCGAUGGAUUGCCUAUGUGUGGAAAAUCUCCAAGCCCUCGUAAUUUGCGUCUUUGAUGAUAUUGGAAAUGGGUGUGGUGAAAAGGCAUGGUCCCUGGUCGGAUCGCUGACUAGGACGGUUGAGUAUUUGAAACUGACGGUCGAAGAUGAGGACUGCCGAGGCCGUACAUCAAUUUCAAGGCCGUUUAUCUCUCUGUCCCCUCCGGAGAGCUGGGUGGAGGCAGAAGAGCGACGUCGUGUGUUCUGGACCGUAUUCAACCUGGACCGGUUCUGCUCGGUGGCAAUGGGAUGGAACACCAGUCUUACCUCGGACGAUGUGCACCGCCGUCUUCCUUGCGAUGGAGUCUAUUGGAGAAGAGAUAAACCUAAUGUUACGGCCUUUUUUGGCAUCUGGGACAAGUCAGCAGUGCGAAUAGGGAAUCCCAUUGCCUUUCAUCCGGCCCAUUACGUGUCUCCACAAAGUACGAUGCCUAAUGAGACCCCAGACCAGAGUCCAGUCGACGCCGAUGGUUCUGCUUCAUCGCCGGAAGAUCCCCUGAUGGAGGCUGCUGGGGCUUUCGCCUACCGUAUCGAGGCAACCGAGUCGCUGAGCCGUGUCACGACGUACUUCCUUCAGCAAAAGGUCGACACGCACCGUCCAGAGAACGUCACCAGCUGGCUCACACGGUUCAAAGAACUCGACCUGCGCCUUGUCCACUGGAAGAUGCUCCUCCCGAAGAAGUGGAAAGCCGCGAACCCGACCAACACAACCGUCAGCGCCUACGACACGAUCAAUCAGGACGGCCCACCCAGCAGCAGUGGAGGAAGAACGGGGCUGGAUGUCGAUACGACACGGCAAACAGUAGUGAUGGAUCCAAAUCUUACAUUGGCACACAUCACCCACAAUGCCUCCAUGAUUCUCUUACAUCAGCCUAUCGCGUUUCCACCCCACGACUGGGCUUUCCGCAGCCGAUUACCCAGCAGUUGCUCUGCAGAGACCUGUCAACAAGCGGCGUUUGAGAUCGCCACCAUUACCGAACAAUAUCUUAAAGUGUGCCCGGCAACCUUCCCCAUCUAUCCCCAGUUUUCAUUUUGCGUAUAUGUGGCAGCCCGACUCCUGCUCGCCUACAGAAUCCAUUAUAGCGGAGAAAGCACUGCUCUGUACUCCGGAUCGGAUGUCGAUGACCGGUUCUGGACCUUAGUCCGAAGUCUAGAUGAGAUGUCGCGCCGAUGGAACGGCAACGUUAUAGUCAUGCCAGAGACCACAACUUUAACCGAGGACCUGGCAGCAAAAUAUGCGUCAAAGCUGAGGGAGAUGCAGGAUAUGUGCAUGCAGGGCCUAGGCUACAAAAUAAAUGUCCUGGAUUACACGCAAGAUAUUGACCACUGUAACAGGAAGAUCGACCCUAUUAUAGAGGAUCAAGCACCUGGGUCAACUCCAAAUGACGCGACUCGACAGUCAUAUCUAAACCUGCAGACACAGUCAGAACACAACUCCCAGGGUGCCAGAAAGCCCGUGGAGAACCAGACGAAUGGGAACCUCAUCAACGCGGCACCGGCCAUGGCACUAUCCUGCCCUGUAACCUCGAUACAGCUCCCCAAAAAUCCUAACAACCAGCAUCAGACGAUGUACGGGCAAGAAAUCUACUCCCCAGGGGGGGAUCAAGCUCCCUGCGACCUGGGUGCUAUUUCACAAGUAUUGCUGGGCCAUCAAUUCAUGGAUAUGGACCGGAUCAUCAGUUUCGAUAACGGAAUGUUCAGUGCCAAUCUAGACCAAUCUUGGUGA